AAAAGAUUUAAGUACGUGGCAUCACCACCUUCGGCAAAUAUGAGAAAUAUCCGCGAAAGAGAAUGGGAAAUAUGAGAAAUAUCCGCGAAAAAGGAGAGAUUGUGUGGAUUUGCAAACUGGACGAUGGAGAAGGUUUUUGGUACAGAAAAAGGUGUGAAGAGUAAUACGUACCUUUUCGAAUUAGGAGAGAGAAUCAAAAAGCCACACACUUUACGUAUCUUGCCUUCUCUCUAUAUCUUCUAUCCACUUCCCCUGUUGAUUGUAGCUUUUCAUAAUCUCAUUACUUUGUGGGCGGUGGCCAUAAUUUGCUUCUCUAUCUCAGCCCAUUAUCUAUCUCAUUCAAUGAUAUCGCUUUCUCAUUUAAAGGAGUUUUGACAAAUUUGGUUGUGAAUUUCUUUAUUAGUUUUGGAAAGUUUGCUGCGGAUGGUAUCAAUGGCGUCGUACCAACUCAUCAGAGAAGGGUGCGCGAGCGUUGAUGUUGAGUCUGCUUUGCACAAAACCAAUAAUAAAUCUUCAUCAUCUUCUCCAGCCCACUCGAGCUCGGGCUGUAUUAGGUCAUCGUCUUCGUCAUCUGCUCGUCUUGUAUCCCUUGACAUUUUCCGUGGCAUUACUGUUGCGGUUGGUAACAUUAUGCUAUCUUUUUUUUCGUUUUCAAUUUGAUGAUCUAACUCUCUGCUGUUGCGGUGACACUACGCCAUCUUUUCCAAUGCCGUUUUUCCUUUUCAUGGUUGGCGUGUCAGUUGCACUUGUAUACAAGAAUACAGCCUGCAGGGCUGCUGCAUCCAGAAAAGCAAUACACCGGGCAGCCAAACUUAUUGUAAUAGGAUUAUUUCUCCAAGGUGGCUUUUUCCAUGGUCUUAAUAAUCUUACAUACGGUGUUGAUGUGGAACACAUUAGAUGGAUGGGCAUAUUGCAGAGAAUUGGGGCAGCAUAUUUGGUGGCAGCAAUGUGUGAGAUUUGGCUUAGAAAUGACGAAAAAGUUCGCUCUGGCUCAUCUUUGAUUAAGAAGUACCAAUGGCACUGGAUUAUGGUGUUGUUGCUUACAUCAGUAUAUCUCCUUCUGUUAUAUGCUGUCUAUGUUCCAGACUGGGAGUACCAUAUUCCACAUGACACGUCUUCUGAGGCUAAGAUUAAUAUGGUGAAAUGUGGGGUACGUGGUGACACUGGACCUGCAUGCAAUUCUGCUGGAAUGAUAGAUCGUAUGAUUUUGGGUGUUAAUCACUUGUACCGGAAGCCAAUAUAUUCUCGAACACAACAAUGCAGUAUUAACUCACCAGAUUAUGGCCCUCUCCCUCCUGAUGCUCCUUCAUGGUGUCGAGCCCCUUUCGAACCAGAAGGAUGUUUAAGUACAGUGAUGGCGGUUGUGACCUGCUUGAUAGGCUUACAAUAUGGGCAUAUUAUUAUUCAUUUUAAGGUAGAUGUGUACGGAUAUAGGCGUUUUACUAUGGUGCUCGAAUGGAUGGGAAAGCACGCAUUGGUUAUAUAUAUUCUUGUAGCAUGCAAUGUUUUACCGCUUAUCCUCCAAGGAUUUUAUUGGAGAAAUCCAGGCAACAACCUUCUAACUGCGAUUGGGAUCGGAAAGAAGAGUCACUGAGGAGGAGCUGAUGAUGAUGUACAGUGCAUGAGUUGAUGAGGUUGAUAACACAGAGAUUUUGAGGAGGCAGCAAUUCUCGAGUUAUCUUGUAAGUGGCAUUAUAUAUACACAGCCGGUUAUGAUUUUAUUGUAGUUGUUGACGAAAAUAAAAUUUUAUUCCUUUUUAAAUAUUUAUAACUACAGUUACCCUGCCUAUGUAUAAUUUCUUCUGCUGUUGAAAAUUUUGACACGCAUACCAUCAAGUAUAUGAAUUUUUUAUCUAUUUAUAGACACAUACCAUGAAGUAUAUGAAAUUUUUAUCUAUUUAUAUUUGUAAAUUGUAAAACACGUGUGGAGACGUGGUGGCAUAAUUCAUUUAAUCGUAGAAUUUUCUUGAUAAG